AUGUUCUCCGCUACUGUCUUUGCCUUCGCCGCCCUUGCCUUCGUCUCGGGCGCCGCUGCUCAGGAGUCGCAUCAGGUCACGUUCACGAACAACUGUGGAAACGGCACUCCCCUCUUCCUUUACCAGGGUGACUCGACCCCACAAGGUGCCACGACCAUCCAAGGCCCGCUUAACGGCGGCAUUGCCUGGCUCGACAACGGCGGAUCUUGCACGAACAACGGUCUUGGCUGCGGCGCUGUCGAGUUUACCCUCGCGAACACGGGCUUCUCGCAGGCCGAUAUCACGCUUGAGCCCGAAGGCAACCACAACUACUUCAUCAACGGCUGCACAGACGGCCUUGAGUGCAACUCGCCCACCUGUCCCCAGGCGUCGUUCAGCCCUCCGCAGGUUCCCCUCGUCAACUGCGCAGCCAACAACUGCGGUAUCAACAUCAGCUUCUGCUAG